AUGGACAGGAUGGAGGCACUUAUGGACGCCUUGGGUUCAAACUGUGAUAAUGCAGGUUGGCAACAUUGGCUCACUCAUGCAAAGCAUGCGCACGUGGGUCACAAUGAAGGUGAUAGGAUUGCGUGCAGAUUAAUGACACUUGCUUCAUAUUUCCUGGAAGGAUGGAGUCACACUGCACGACUCGAUGAUGACGACAAUACGAAUAAUAUGAAGUUAAAAGGUUACAUGAGAUGUGCAGUAGUGCAUAUGUUCAGCGAAAUAUUAAACGAAUCCGAGUGUAGAAGUAAAUGGGGCACAUUUUAUGGCUGGUACUCGGUGCAGGGAAUGAUGACGGAGGGAGGAAUAACUAAGUCAGCCGGUAUGCCACAAUGCGAGAUGUACCGACUGCUGGAUAUAACGCGCGGCAAUUGGAGUAUGAGUCAGGAAAUUAAAGAACGGUUAAGGAACAAUGACGGACUACAAAGUAUGCUAGAAAGGCACCAAGAGAAGAGCACGUGUCACAACACAAUAAGGAAGGAGAAGAAGAAGAAGAGUACACCGCUGGAUGCGAACAGGCAGACUGACAAGGCAAGCGGGAACAUAGAGGUGCAGGAGACAUUGAAGAGAGAAUUGAAACGCGUUCUAAAGAAGGUUGAAAGGGAAAUAUCCGUGAAAGGAGCAAACGAUCCGGAUGAGAAGGAUUCCGAUGGAGAGGAAACCCUGAGUGAAGAUGACGAAGCGGAUGAGCCGAACAAGGAAAUUGCGGGCGGUAAGUACACGAAUAGCAACAAUACGAAUACGAAUACCCAAACACCCGGCGCUGGAGGACCGGCGGCCCGCAAGCCCGCGGUCACGAAACCACAAGCACCGGCAUCUCCAGUAUUACCAGCAAGACCACCACCUCCGCCACCAGGACCACCACCGUCACCUCCUACACCCACAAAAGAGGGAACGGACGCGCAUUCACCACCGUCAAAAGCAGAUUCAUCUGCGGAAGGAACCUCACAGGGCAAAGGUAAGACAUUAAGGGACUCCAAGAAAAAGCCUGAGGAGAACAAAGAGAAAUGCAGUGAGGAUGAGACUGACCAUGACAAGGUUUUUGAUUGUCUUCAGAAGCAGGAGGACCUUGCAAACGCAGGGACAGGAGUGAACCAACCGGACGGCUCCGAAAAAUACGACGGAAAGGGUCCUGUGGGUGUCCACGGAGCUUCCCGUUCCAUAGAAGUAUCGGCGGGGACCUCCUUUACUGCUCCCGUAGUACCCCCAGGUGAAGCAACAACAGUGGAUUCAACAACAGACGCCACUCAACCUGACAAGUCUAAUCAGGCCGGGUAUAAUCCUAAGGAUGUGAAUCCUGUGGCAAGUACUAAUGAGGAUGAAGCGAAAGAAAAACCAAAUCAGGAGAAUGAACAGAAGGAAGGAGCAAAGGCUGCGGACACUGCGGGCAAGGAUGUUUCCUCCGUGAAGCAACCCAACACCGAAAAGAGUAGCCCUUGCUCAGGUAUAUCGGACGAUGAAUAUGAUACAGGAAGAUGCGGUUUCACCUUAUUUGACAAAAGCAGUCCCCAAUGCCCUAAUGGGCCGGAUUCCACCUCGCCUGGUAACUCUGCGGGUGGUGUUGGCUCCACGCAGAUCCAGAAUCCUGGUUCUUCGGGACCAGGUUCCACGGCAGUAUCGGGUGAUGGAAGCAGUCACACAGGAACACGUGGAGGACAGCAAGGUGACUCGGCCUCCAGUUCAUCCAACUUUGGACUACCUAAUUUUGACUUAGCUAACAUGAUUCCCAAGGGACCCAAUGUUCCUGGGGGUGGAUUCGUACCCCUUAAGCGGGAACAUGUCACACUGAAUGAAGACAAUGAAAAAUUAAUGAAACAAGGACCUCCGAGUCAUGGCGGUCCUGAUGGACCCGACCUAACCGCCGAC